GACCCCCAUUAGAACAUAUGAGAGAGAUAGCACGUGCUUUAAGAUGUAUAGCAGAUGAACUAGAUCAGGACCAGCGAAUACAAAGAAUCAUAUCCAAAGUGCCUCCAGAUGCUCCUCAACAGACAUUCUUUAAUGUUGCCAAUGAUUUCUUCCGUGAUGGUAUCAUAAGCUGGGGUAGAGUUGCAACCUUGUUUUAUUUUGGCUAUAAAAUGGCGUUAAAAGCCCUAGACAAAAUUCCAUUAAUUAAAGCCAUAAUAAAUUGGGUUAUAAACUUUAUAGUAGAUCAAGUAGCACCUUGGAUUAUAGAGAGAGGCGGCUGGGAAAUGAUUGUAGAAUAUUUUGGAACACCAGGUUGGCAGGCGACAGGGAUAUUUGUUGGAGGAUUUGCUGUAGCAGGGGCUAUAGUUGCGUACAAUGUCUGGGGUCAUUAACAUUACAUGUACAUAGACUAUUAGGAUAAUUUGUGACCAAUUAUCUCAUCCUUUAAGACUGUUGCUUUACAGAUACAGGACAAACUGAAAAAUUCAACAACUGACAUUAAUUCCUGUGAUUUUCAACAAUUUUAGAUAGUUUUUACAAAUUUAUUUUAGUUUGAUAUUGUUGGAAGCUAUAAGCUUAAUGAAACACUUUUUAACAAACCAGUACUAAGCAAUGAAUAUAAAGUUUCUUGCUCAAGUUUAAAAAUAAAUUGCAUUUUUGCCAUAUAGAAUAAUUUAAAUACUAGUAAUCCCACCCACUGGUCAAAAGAUUUGAGUUGUGAUUCAGUAAAUCAACAUUUUUGAAGGAUGAGCAAGAUGGAAAUUAAUCGAAAUAAUAAAGUGUAAAUUUCAUAUUAGAUAGCUUGAACAUCUACCUGUACUAUUUUAUAUGAGAGAUUAUUUUUAGAAGUCUAUGAUAUUGAAAGGGGUAUCAGAAAACUGUUGUAGGCUGUAUACUUGAUUCUUCAGCUAUAUAUUCAAACCUACUUACAAGUUAACCCUCUUAACGCUCAAACAUUUUUGGCUCCUAGAUAUUGUUUCAUUGGAGCAUAAAGUUGCCAGUAUGUAAUAAUAAUGUACUUCCUUUCUUCCAUUCAUCCAUCACACAUCUGUUUCCAAUAGGAACUUCAUUUACUGACUUGGUACUUUGCAUUUUCCAUUGAACUAUACUUUUGAUUAAUUGAGUUCAUGUCACAUCGACAAAUUUUCCUUGUUGUAAAGCAGUGUUCAGGGAGCUUAUUUUAGUCGCUGAUUUUUUGCUGUUAAAAAAAAGUACUAUAUUUUAGGGUUGUAGUUCAUGCUGGGUCAUACUGGCCUGAACUUUUAAAUGAAAAUACUUAGUAGCGUAAUUUAUUGUGUAAUAAAGAUUGAUUCAAGAUAGAAUGAAAUUACUUCUAAGCAAAAAAAAAACAAAAACAACAAAAACUCUGUAGUAUAUAGUUUUAUGUAAUGUACCAUGUUAAAAAUUGUUAUAUUUCUGAUGUUCUACAUUAAAAUUUUGAAUUAUUUUUCCUAAGAAGAUGUAAUAUCUUGUUGUAGAUUGUUAAUUUCUAUAACAGAUGUAUCAAGAGAAGUUUUAUAUACAUUUUACCAUUAUUAAAGAAAGUAUAGAAACUUAAUCAAAGGUACCAGUUUAUAAAAGGCAUACAUAUAUUUUUUUUGUAAAUUCACGAUGCACACUUCUAAACGUGUAUUGCCAGGAUAACAUUGCAUGGCACUUUAAAAUUAUAGAUUUUAUGUUUUCAAAAAGAUGUUAGAUGUACCUCUUUCAGUAAAAUAUUUUAUACUAACCAACUUAUCAUAACUGUGCAAUUAUCACUGAAUUUUAAACAAUUUUGUUGUUUGUUUUAUUUCAAAGAAAAUUUGUUGUAUUAAGUGUAAUAUUGUGCAAUGUUAAGAUAUCAUUUGGACUCAUGGUUGAUUACAUACCAGUUAGUCAUUUAGCUUUAUUUGCAGUGUUAGGAGGGUUAAACCCCCUUUUUACUGAGUAGCUAGUUUAAUUGACAAAAUACAAUACAGUUUUGUGUAUAAAACUUAAACCUGUAAAAGUUUAAGGGCAUAUGAUAUCAGAACUUAAGUAGAUAGUUAACAACUUAAGUAGGUAAUUAACAACUUAAAUAGGUAUUAUUAACUUAAGUGGGUAGUUACAAACUUAAAUAGGUAGUUAACUUCUUAAGUAGGUAGUUAAAGAUCCUGUAUGUUAUAAUUGAGGUUGCAUACCACACUUAAGUGAAAUUAUAAUUAUGUAUAUAAUUAUGCUUAUAAAACAAUUUUUAAACAUCGAAGAAUAUGUAAAAUAUGUACUGCAAAUAUUUGUGCACAUUAUAUGUAAUCAUUAAAAUAUAUGCAUUCUUUUCUUAUUGUAGAAUUUGACUUAAUCUUAAUAGAAAAUAGAUUUUGUAUUACCUCCCUUUAUUUACAUGAAAUGUUAAAUUCGGUAAUAUAUUUAUAAAUGAUGCUUUUUGGAACCUACAAUAUUGAUAAAUCUUAAUUUGAGCAUCAUAUUUAUGAUUUAAACCAUAAAAAAUUGUGUUACAGGAUCAUUAACAACUUAAGUAGGUAGUUAACAACUUAAGUAGGUAGUUAACAACUUAAGUAGGUAGAUAAUAACUUAAGUAGGUAGUUGACAUACUCGGCAUACUCAAUACUCUCAUUGAUUUAAUUGAUAAGUGAUUUAAGUGAUAUAUUCCAUAUUCUGGCACAAUCCCCCUAAAUCCUAAAUGACAAUAUAAACUUGUAUAUACAUUAUAACUGAUCUGCUUAUUGAUUAUUAUUAGAUCACUAUACUUCUUUGGUAAAUGAUAUUUGCCAUGAUAUUCAAUAUAAUAAACAUCUUAGUAUUUCACAAGAUAUUAAUACAUGUAGAAGUUGUUUGUUUAAUUGUUAAAAAAAAUAAAUACCACUCCGUAAUGGUGAAUUUAUCUUUUCAUUAUUUAGCUCACAUUUUUAUUACAGAUAUUAAUUGAUAAAACUUAUUACUACUCUGGUGCAUUUUAAUGAUAACAAUGUUCAGAAACAUGGUGUAUGAUACACUAGUACUGUUUUUAAAACUCUUAAAAUGCCAUGUUGAUGUUACAAUAAUAGUUGAAACAUAUGAUAGAGAUUCAGUGACAAAUACUUGAUGUAUUGUUUUUAUGAGUCCUUCUUGAUUGUUUAUCUUUAUUAUAAAGGUAGUUUUGUACAAAACAUGUUUAAAUCAUAGAUAUUUCAUGUGUAAAUGUAAAUCAUGAUAUAUUCCAUUAAAUGGGAAAUUCUA